AUGUAUACAAGCCGAAUUGGCCAGAUCACUAAUUUAUUAGUAUUUCAGUCGAAUUGCCGGUCCAGUCCGAUUUUGAUAACAUUGACUAAAAGGUACUUUUACUUGUCGGCAGCACCACAAUGUUUCUUCCCAGAUUACUACCUUGAUGACGCCAUUAGAACUUGGCUUUUCGAUUACAUAUUCGUCCAGUUCUACUACAACCGUCGAUACCAAUAUGACAUAUUUUCUUCAUGGAAUACAUGGACCUCGUAUGUGAAGCUCAAUAAUACGGUGUUCAUGGGGCUACCCGCAGCACAUGAUGCAGCUCCCAGGGGUAUCUAUAUUUCACCGCAAUUUCUGUGUAGUGAUGAGAUUCUUCCAAUCAUCAAGCAAACUCCUAACUAUGGAGGCGUCAUGCUGUGGGAUAGGUUCGGCGAUGCUAAUAACCACUACAGCGAUCAAAUCAAGGAUUGUGUUAAAGUUGAUGAUAGUGACGUUAGGGUGUCACAAACAUUGAUGGCAACGUUAUCAAACACUAACUGA